CUGCGGGCGGCUGUCCGGGGCGGCGGCGAGCGGAGCCUGCGGUCAGGGAGUUCGCUCUGGGGCACGGCGGAGCACUUGGGAAUUGCCGGCUGCAGGAGGAGGAGGCUUUAGGCCAGUGGAGCUCUCUAAGUGGGUCAAGAGCACCGAAUCUUGGACUGUAACCUUCUCAAGCUUGAAUACAAACAUCAAGAACCAGUGAGGAAUUUGAGAGUCAAGACGUAAUCAUCCAAACUGAACCAAGAGGAAAGGAAAUAUUUGAGAAGGCUUCCAGCAUCUCAUGAAUGAACAAACGGAACUCGAUAAUGCUGGUUCUCCAGAGCCAGGUCUACGGCUCAGGAARGGACACAUGUCUGACACUGCAACAACACAGGCGGCCCUUGAAGAAGACAGCUCUCAAAAGAGACUUCUUUUAGAGGAGCCACCGCUGUCUUCUGAUCAGGAAAAUUGUUCUGAGGAUAACAAACACAAUGAUGAGUCACCUCAAGAAGAUGAAGGUUUUAUGGCCAUGUCACCUCUUCUGCAAGCCCACCAUGCCAUGGAGAGAAUGGAAGAAUUUGUGUGUAAGUGUUUCAGGAAACUUCAGCCUUGCUCCUGUAACUCUAGCCAGCCGGCAGAUCCAAGGAACCCUGCAGAAACACCCCCGGUAUGGGAGGGCCGAUGGAGAGUCAUUCCCCAUGAUGUUCUGCCUGACUGGCUAAAGGACAAUGAUUACCUGUUGCAUGGACACAGACCACCCAUGCCUUCCUUCCGGGCUUGUUUCAAGAGCAUCUUCAGAAUACACACAGAGACUGGCAACAUCUGGACACAUCUCCUAGGAUGUGUGUUCUUCCUUUGUCUGGGAAUCUUCUACAUGUUCCGGCCAAACAUGUCCUUUGUAGCACCUGUSCAAGAGAAAGUGGUGGUUGGGUUGUUCUUCUUGGGAGCCAUACUCUGCCUCUCCUUCUCAUGGCUCUUCCACACAGUUUAUUGCCACUCAGAAGGUGUUUCCCGGCUCUUCUCCAAGCUGGAUUAUUCUGGCAUUGCACUCCUCAUAAUGGGMAGCUUUGUACCAUGGCUGUACUACUCCUUCUACUGCAACCCUCAGCCUUGCUUCAUCUACUUGAUUGUGAUUUGUGUCCUGGGCAUUGCAGCCAUAAUUGUCUCACAAUGGGACAUGUUUGCCACCCCUGAAUACCGGGGUGUAAGGGCAGGAGUAUUUCUAGGUCUGGGUCUUAGUGGGGUAAUUCCCACUCUGCACUUUGUCAUCUCUGAGGGGCUCCUGAAAGCAGCCACAAUGGGGCAGAUAGGCUGGCUGGCACUCAUGGCAUGCCUGUACAUCACUGGUGCUGCACUGUAUGCCGCCCGCAUCCCGGAGAGAUUCUUCCCUGGCAAGUGUGACAUCUGGUUCCACUCCCAUCAGCUGUUCCACGUGUUUGUCGUGGCUGGCGCUUUCGUGCACUUCCAUGGAGUCUCCAACCUGCAGGAAUUCCGCUUCACAGUCGGAGGGGGCUGCACAGAGGAGGAUGGGAUGCAGUAGGAGCCUUCAGCCCAAGAUCAGAACCAAAAGAGAGCCGCCGGCGCGGGCGAAGCAUCCAGGCUUAGCAAAAGGAAUACCUAAGAAGAAUCCAAGUUUCAGYUGAUGAGGCAUUGGAGCUUCAUGGGGAUUCUGACGAACCAAGAUAAAUUCUAUACCUCAAGCAAUGGAAUAAAUCAAUUUGAAGACCAGGAAAUUCUGAAAACAUAAUUUAUUCUUGGGAUCUACAGAUUGAGCUACAGAGGACCCUUUCCAAAUCGGCUUCUGUUCAAUGCCAUAUUUAUUUGUAGAAUUGGGGAGGGAUAGCUUAGCAGUUUCCUUUUUUUUAAAAAAAGAAAAAAAUAGUCAAGGUUAAAUUUAUAUCCUCUUGGAGGGUUUGGGCGUUGAUUUUAGAUGCUCUUUUGGGAGAAAAAUUGUAAAUAAGAUUUCUAACUUUCUGUUUAAAUAAAAUUUAUAUAAAUGUUUUAAACAAUGGGUGGGGGGAAAAGGGUUUUUGUAAAGAAUGCAACAUGCAAGUACCACACACUGUUUCAAUUUUGCACAAAAUAAACGAUUGCAGGAGGACCAGGUAAAAUUCCCAGGAGUGAAGCAYGUUGGCCCUGUCGAUUUUCCUGGUGGCCAGCAUGCCCUGGGCAAUGUGGGGUCCUGGCCAGCACCUGGAGUAGGUUCAGGACGUGUACAUGAGGGUUGUGAAGGCUGGAUUAAUCACGGCGUCAUCCAGGUCACAGCGCAAGCAAAUGGAUUUGCUCCAGCAACUCGAAAGGGACAUCUGCUCCCUGCCCAAGUGUGUGGGACAGCUGCCUUCCCAGCCUGUGUGGAGUGGGGAGUUUGGGAUAAUGGAUCCUACAGUUGGUUGUUUUGGGUCUCAUCCUAUGAAUUGGAGCUAUAUGAUGGAAUAACUGCACAUGAAAUGGCAAACAGUCCAACUCCAUCAGUGCCUGCCUAYACCCAAAGGCCCCCAGUGAGAGGGUGGUUGCCAUUUGCACGCCUGCGUUGUUUGGUCUGAGGGGAUGAUGGUAAUAGACUUGUCAGAAGAUCGUUGAGCAUGUGAAGGGAAACAGAGGUGGGGUUUAAGAUGGACUGGGAAGAGGAAGCUGUGUGCUCCAGRACUUGGAGUUCAGGCACUGCAGACCUCAGGCACAUUACCAUCCUGUGUGUCAGGCUCCAUAAGCCAAGGCAGUUUGCAGGUUUUUCUUUUUAAGAGGAAUAGAUCCAUAACCAGCCCAGAGCAGUUCCU